AUGAGGAAAUUAGAACAUCUUGGUCUCACACUGGACUCUCCCUUCUCCUGCUCCCCACCUGAGGGCAAAAUUCGAGUGUUGGAUGUCGGCAGCUGUUAUAAUCCCUUCGCUGUCUUCCCAGAGUUUGAGGUCACAGCCUUUGACCUCUAUCCUGCUCAUGAGCCCCACCACACCCCUUUAACCUCCCUCCCAGCAUCCUCAUUUGAAGUCAUAAUUAUGAGUCUAGUUCUUGAAUACCUGCCAUCCCCAGUACAGCGCCGGGACUGCUGUGAGAGGGCGUGGCGGCUUCUCACUCCUGGCGGCCUGCUGGCUAUCGUGACCCCGGACAGCAAACACAUAGGGGCAAAUUCGCAUAUUUACCAGCUAUGGCGUGUGACCUUGGCUUCUUUGGGGUUCGGGAGGUUUAACAAGCUGUAG